AUGCCCGAGAGUUGUUGGCAGCAAGUGCGCACCUAUGCGGACCAUCUGGGUCAUCGCGUGGUGCUCGAGCAGUACGUCUCGCCGGACUACGAGCCAGAGCCCGAAGACAUAAUUCCCAUCCAGGUCUACAGCCUUGUGCCCCUGGACGACGACCACAGAGAGCUCCGAAUGUACCUGAUGCAGACUUUCUGGAAUGACGAGGUCAAGCCUCUGUUCGAGAUUUAUUCAUACUGCCCGCCCGAUGGAUUUGCCUGUAUUGAGCAUAACCGCAUUGAAAUCGCCCGUCGUAAGCAGCAACACCGGUCAGGGGUCGAGAAUCCACUCCCGCUGAUUCCACGAUUCACCCGUCCAACUGACUACUCAACUGUUGGAUUUUGUGUCUUGCUGCGAUCGCACAGCUAUCGACUGGGCCAUGUGCAGAACUCGGAUAAGCUUGCUGAGCUAGGCGAAGGCCCGGACUUGCUCUACUUCAACCGCUCAUUUUCUAGCACACGCAGUGAUGUUGACGCGGCGCAGCAUUCAAUUGAGGGCGGCGAGAGCCUCUCGUCAGAGGCAUUUGAAUUAGCCACCGAACGCCUCACGGACCAGAUCUACAUCGGGCAGGUUAUCAUUCUCGAUAUCUUCAACAACGUCGAUGACCAUCCGGAACGACACGCCUUGGAUGUUGACGAGGGCGAGCCUCCCAGCUCGGAUCUGCCGACAGAAGAGCAGAUUCGCGACCAGCUAGGCCAGGAAACUUCAGUUGGCGGCUGCUCUCUUGAUCCGACAUUCCAGGUUUCUCAGGAUGCCGACAUUGUAACAGUCACCAAUACUCCUGAGGGCAAAACCUCUGAUAUCCAAUAUAUUGUCCAUGCGGCUUUUCUCAGCUCCAUCCGCGACGCAGCAGGGCCCUCUCUCUUGGAAAGCACAGCGCACCUCUUUACGGCGUCAAUGUUCUCCCACCUCCCGGCCAAUAAAACCCUCACUCUCAAAUUCUUCAUCCCAAAGUCUCCUUCUUGCAAAACCAAGAAGAGAACCGAGAAAAUCCUUUUUCCAUCGGCGCCCUGCACAAAGUUCCCCGCAGGCGACGAUCAACCCCCAACAGCAAAACGAAUUUCUCCUCAAAAACCCGAAAAAUAUAUCAUCAACUCAAAAGGGAAGUCCUGCGACCUCUUUCGCAUGUUCACGGUUGUUCUCGAUCGUGCCAAGUUUGUCUCCGAGGCCGGAGUUUACUUCUACAUGACGGACUGGUCGUCCCAGUCCAGGGAUCCAGACCCUUAUUCGGAGGUCUGUUCUGACGAUACAGAGAUUGUGCGGGGCGUGGACAUGAAUACGGUUGCUGGGCGGUUGGGGGUGGUUGUUCUUGAAGAAUGA